GCGGAAGCGACGGACAAGUUUUUGUUGAUGCGGAAGAACGACGUCUUUCAGGAUUGAAGUUGAGCUAAAAUGGAAAACAAGUAACGCUGAAAGUAGGAAAAAGGACAGUUUCUGGGUUCACCGUUUGGUUUAAAGCGACUGAGUGUUUUAACGACAGUAAAGCGCAAUGUCUGGUGGCAACUUACAGAAAGCCAUAGAUCUGGCCUCCAAAGCUGCAACGGAGGACAAAGCAAAAAACUAUGAAGAGGCGCUCCGAUGCUAUCAGGCGGCGGUGCAGUACUUCCUUCAUGUUGUGAAGUAUGAGACCCCGAGUGAUCGAGCAAAGGACAGUAUCAGGAACAAGUGUGCGGACUAUCUGGACAGAGCUGAGCAGCUGAAGGAGUACCUGAAGAAGAAAGAUACGAAUCCACCAGCGAAGCCUGUGAAAGAGUCUGACAGCAAAGGGGGUGAAAGUGAUGAUGAAGACAAUUCUGAGAAGAAGAAGUUCAAAGACCAACUCUCAGGUGCCAUUGUCAUGGAGAAGCCAAACAUUAAAUGGGAUGAUGUUGCUGGACUUGAAGGAGCCAAAGAAGCCUUAAAAGAAGCUGUCAUUUUGCCAAUCAAGUUCCCUCACCUGUUCACAGGAAAGCGAAUUCCCUGGCGGGGGAUCCUACUGUUUGGUCCUCCAGGAACAGGGAAGUCCUACCUGGCCAAAGCAGUAGCUACAGAAGCCAACAACUCCACCUUCUUUUCCAUCUCGUCCUCUGACCUUGUGUCCAAGUGGCUGGGAGAAAGUGAAAAGUUGGUGAAGAACCUGUUCUCUUUAGCACGAGAACACAAGCCAUCUAUCAUUUUUAUUGAUGAGAUCGACUCCCUCUGUGGGUCUAGGAGCGAGAACGAGAGCGAAUCAGCUCGCAGAAUCAAGACAGAGUUUCUUGUGCAGAUGCAGGGUGUCGGAAGUAGUAAUGAAGGGAUCCUGGUACUGGGAGCCACAAAUAUACCAUGGACACUGGACUCAGCUAUCAGGAGGAGGUUUGAGAAGCGUAUCUACAUCCCUCUGCCGGAGGAACACGCCCGCUCCUUCAUGUUCAAACUCCAUCUGGGCUCCACCCCCAAUCAGCUGACGGAUGAGAACUUCAACAAACUGGGCAAGAUGACAGAGGGCUACUCUGGGGCAGACAUCAGUAUUAUCGUCAGGGAUGCGCUCAUGCAGCCUGUCAGGAAAGUUCAGUCAGCCACUCACUUCAAAAAGGUUCGAGGAUCACCGUGGAACAACGCCAAUGUCAUGGUUGAAGACCUCCUGACACCAUGCUCACCCGGUGAUCCCAACGCCAUAGAGAUGACAUGGGUGGAUGUUCCUGGAGACAAACUUCUAGAGCCAGUUGUGUCCAUGGAUGACAUGCUGAGGUCACUGUCCAACACAAAGCCUACAGUGAAUGAGCAGGACCUGGACAAACUCAAGAAGUUUACAGAGGAUUUUGGUCAAGAAGGCUAAAAACUACCACUACUACUGCCAGUACUAAUUAUUUUCGUUGUCAAAUAGGCUGUGGAGUUAUCUUUUGCGGCAAAUAGAACAGAAAAAACUUGUAAGGUGUUACUGAAGCCCAAAUUUGUCAAACUUAAAAAUGUGAAAUAAUACUAAUAUUAAGGUAUAACUUUAAAUACCAGUAAAUAUUUGCUGUUUUCACAUGGCAAUUUAUUAGGAGGUUAUUUAAACAACUAUGUCAUAACUAUGAAUUCAUCCCCUAAGGCUCAUGUUUACAUCUCUAGAUAAUUUUGCAAGGGUUCAAACAUUUAUCACUCUUUGGUCACAUAUUCUUAACUAACAUGAUAAUAAUCUAUUAAAAGAAAUCACAGUCAUUUAAGUAAAUAUAAUAGAUGGUGAAGGCUUUAAGGUGUAAAAGCCCUUUUUUUUGCAUUUUCAGAAAUUCUUUCAAACACUCAUUACCUCUUUUUGUAUUGUUACGGAAAUAUUAAUGUUUCUAUUUCACUCUAAGAUUUUUAUUAGUCUUACUUCAUUCUGUAAGUGUAUGCUCACGUCGCUAAACAUGUAAAUAAAUAUAGAAAUAGAGAAACAGCCUGGAUGGGAUGAUAGUGGAACUUCUCCCUUUGUUCUAAAUGUUUUGAAAGAAUGUGUUUUUCCACAUACAACUGGUCAGUAACAGUUUUAACAUGAGUCUGUUGUGUUUCCAUUGUUUUAUUCACUUAGUUUGUGAGAAGCCAAAGCCAAACUGUCCUCAUUUUAAUUUUUCCAAAUCACAUCCUCUAUCUCAGAUAGAGUAAAUGAGGAUGUACAUUUUAAAAGCUCACCUUUAACUUUUCAGACUGAUAAUGUCCUAAAAUAUUUAUCCUUUUUGGACUUGUUUACCUUUUAGUUACCUGAGCAAAUUGUCUCAAGAUGGUCAUUUGCACUUUUGUUUGAUCCAACGUGACAUUUUCUGUAAACCAAGGUCUCUGGGUUGAAUUAAAUAACAAAAACAAACAGAAGUCAUUGUUAUGUUAUUAUUGAAUAAUAUUUUAAUUGUUAAAAUACAUCUUAGUUAAUGAUUAGAUAGUUUUACUUCUUAUGCAGAAUAAACCAUAAUUUAAUACAGUAGUACAUUUGGUACAUUUGAUAAAGAAAUCUAAAACAGGUCACUUACUUUAUGCUAUAGAAAAUUGACAUCACUGUUAAUGCUUGCACAAACUGAAAAUUGGCAAAAAUGCAAAUCAUUAGGGAGUCUUGUACAUUUCUUCAGUUUGCGUCAUCAGUAGAGAUAUGCAGUAUGUCUGAAAAGUAGCCUGGAAUUUUUUUCUACUGAGCAGAAAUAAGUAUUUUAAAGUAAUUAAUUGCUGUCAUAAUUCAUAUGACCAAUGAAAAAACAUGAACAUAUUUAAGUCAUUUGAAAUUAUGGAAAAACUACUUUUUAUUUAACUAAAUUUUAAGAUACUGAGAUAUAUGAUGUGCAUGUGUGCAUAUUGCACUGCACCUACUGUAAUGAAAUCCAAAAUAUCAAUAUCAAUUUAAAAACACUUCAGUUAAAUAAGAAUUCAGGAGCUGCCAAUGAUAAAA